CGCAGAACCCGGAUGCUGAUGCUGCUCGUGUCGGAUGGGGAGAAGCAAUACAGGGAGAGUGAGAGCUAAAAAACAGAGAAAGGCCCCGCUGACAGAGGGACUGCUAUCCUCUUGGCCACAAGGCAAGAGAAGCGAACGGAUUAAAGCCAGGCGGCCCGAGAGGAUGACUCCGCGCGCGGUAUCCGAGGCGACGGGAGGAGAGCGCGAGGAGAUGCUGUGAUGUACUGCACAUAGCCAGCGCGAGCGAGCGCGAGGGAGGGGAGAGGAGAGGGAGAGGAGGCUCCUACGCUAGUUAAAGAUGCUUGCUUUUUGACCAGGAAUGUGUUCCGCGCGAAUAAAGCCAGGGAUUUCUGCGCAAACACUAUAGCUUGCAAUAGCGCAAUGCACACUUGGAUUAAUUGAUUGACGGAUUCAUGUGACGGAAGACGCCGAGGCUUUCUUUCGCGAAAGGGUGGCUGUUUUCUCCCGUACAAGUCUCCCAUAUUUCCGGAUGUGAGGCCUGGAAGAUACCGUAGUUUAUAUCAGGCACGGGACGCUCAUCCUUCACAUCCAAACAUUUAUGAAAACAAAGCGAAACACUUUGAAGAGUCAGUGACAAAAGAAAAGAGACACCGAAUAAUACGCGUAAGGUGUCACAAACCGGAUGUGCGGUUCUUUCGCGGAAUCAAUGUGGCCAAGUUUUUAAUUAAUAAAUAGGUCACUUGCAGUUUGACAAUAACGAGAGGCUACAUGCAUAUUUAUUUUAAAGAUAAGAUAUACCGGCGAAAAUAAACCGAUGACUGAACCAGGCUACCUAAUGCUCCCGUUAUAUUUAUCUGUCUUCAAUAUUCAUAAUCAUUGCACUGUCGUUCGCAGCUAUUAUCUGAUCUAGUCAUAUAGUAUCGGCCCAUAUACUGACAGAUUUAAUCGUGUCCCCUCAUCAUUCUUCCAGCAGCUGCAACCACAGGCCGUGUAAAGCGCAAUAACAGCUACAGUUUGGCGUAUAGGCUCGGCUGGCCACGCAUUUCUCUGCUCACUUUUGAUAUUUUCGAACGGAAGAUGUUACCGAUCCGUUUCCACGAAGUUUAAGGAGACGCGGCAGAUGUUUGGGAGUAGGCCACGGCACUGACUUCACGCCUCAGCAUCCCUGUGUCAUCGCUCGCCGUCUGUGAUGUCUGUACGGCGGAGCUAUUGCGUGAGCAGGACAGACGCCAGUGGAUACAUUGUGAGAAUACACUGAUUUACCCCCUUUAUAUUGUGACACAGAAUCGCGGUCGAACGAAAUGUCCAGUAAGGAGUUGUCGGGGAGUCAGGCAGCUCAGUACGUCGGGCCCUACCGGCUGGAGAAGACGCUGGGGAAGGGCCAGACAGGUCUGGUGAAGUUAGGAGUUCAUUGUAUCACAGGACAGAAGGUGGCCAUAAAGAUAGUUAACAGAGAAAAGCUAUCAGAGUCUGUUCUUAUGAAAGUGGAGAGAGAGAUAGCUAUUCUUAAACUAAUAGAGCACCCUCAUGUCCUAAAACUGUAUGAUGUGUACGAGAAUAACAAAUAUCUGUAUCUAGUGCUGGAACAUGUAUCUGGUGGGGAGCUGUUUGACUACCUGGUAAAGAAAGGCAGAUUGACCCCUAAAGAGGCUCGAAAGUUCUUCAGACAAAUCAUAUCUGCUCUGGACUUCUGUCACAGUCACUCUAUAUGCCACAGAGAUCUUAAGCCUGAAAACCUCCUGCUGGAUGAGAAGAAUAAUAUCAGGAUUGCUGACUUUGGCAUGGCCUCCCUACAGGUUGGGGACAGUCUGCUGGAGACCAGCUGUGGAUCACCCCAUUAUGCAUGUCCUGAGGUCAUCAGGGGAGAGAAAUACGAUGGACGUCGGGCAGAUGUGUGGAGCUGUGGAGUUAUUCUCUUUGCUCUGUUGGUGGGAGCGUUGCCCUUUGACCAUGAUAACCUGCGUCAGCUGUUGGAGAAGGUGAAGAGUGGAGUAUUUCACAUGCCUCACUUCAUUCCUCCAGACUGCCAGGCUCUCCUCCGUGGCAUGAUUGAGGUCAACCCUGAGAAACGCUUCACGUUGGAAGAAAUACAAAAGCACCCCUGGUAUCAAGGGGGAAGGAACGAGCCGUGUCCAGAGCAGCCACCCCCGAGGCGCGUGUGUGUGAAGAGGAUUCUGUCUCUUACAGAUUUGGACCCUGAUGUUCUGGAGAGCAUGCACUCCCUGGGCUGCUUCAGAGACCGUGUCAAGCUCACCAGAGACCUGCAGUGUGAAGAAGAAAACCAGGAGAAGUUGAUUUACUAUCUUCUGUUGGACAGAAAGGAGCGCUACCCUAGUUAUGAAGAUGAACAUCUUCCACCCAGAAAUGAUAUUGAUCCUCCCCGUAAGCGGGUGGACUCGCCCAUGUUGACCCGUCAUGGGCGCUGUCGGCCGGAGAGAAAGAGUCUGGAGGUACUGAGUGUGACAGAGCAGGGCUCUCCAACACCUCCCCGCAGAGCACUGGAUACCUCUGCACAUAGCCAGAGGUCUCGGUCAGUUAGCGGAGCUUCAACCGGCCUCUCAUCCAGUCCCCUCAGCAGCCCUCGAGUCACCCCACAGGGCUCCCCACUCCCCACCCCUCUGGGGACCCCUGUGCACCACCCCCAGCACCCCCCUCCCACCCCGCCCUCCUCCUCCUCUUCUUCUUCCUCCUCACGAGCUGAAGGAGGUGGUGGUGUGGGCGGUGGUUCCAUGUCCCUAACCCCGCCCUCCAGUCCUGGGGGAAGUGGUGGAAUGGCUGCCAGUAGUUCAGCCCACUGGAGGACUCGCCUCAACUCCUUCAAGAACAACCUGCUGGGUUCACCACGCUUCCACCGCCGAAGGCUACAGGUUCCUACGUCAGAAGAUAUGUCCAGUUUAACUCCAGAGUCCAGCCCAGAGCUGGCAAAGAAGUCGUGGUUUGGAAAUUUCAUCAGUCUGGAGAGGGAAGAGCAAAUUUUUGUGGUGAUCAGAGACAAACCACUAAGCUCAAUCAAGGCUGAUAUUGUCCAUGCCUUUCUAUCAAUUCCCUCCCUGAGUCACAGUGUCAUCUCUCAGACAAGUUUCCGGGCGGAGUACAAGUCCUCCGGAGGUCCGUCUGUCUUCCAGAAACCUGUCAAAUUUCAGGUUGACAUCGCCUUCUCUGAGGGAGAGAGAGAACGAGAGAGGGAGAAAGAGAGAGAAAGGGAGGGAAGGAGGGAGACUGGCAUCUACAGUGUCACCUUCACCCUAUUAUCAGGUCCUAGUCGCAGGUUUAAAAGAGUGGUCGAGACCAUUCAAGCUCAGCUUCUCAGUACACACGACCAGCCCUCUGUGCAGGCGCUUGCAGAUGAGAAAAACGGGAUUUCGUCUCGCCCACCCAGCACACCGACCCGGCAGAACUCUCGUCGCUCGGAGGGUGGAAGUGAUCGCGGUGAGCGAGCAGAGCGCAGCGAUCGAGGAGAAGGAAGCAGUAUUGGUGGUAGUGCGAGUGUACUACAAAGAAAGGGGUCUGGCAAGGAUAAAACUCGCCUCCUGUCCUCAAAUGGGACUCAGUCUCAACCCUAAGUGAACUAAUCAGACAAGCUGUCGAGCGGGUGGGAACAAACCCCGCUCUUGAUUCCCCCCAGACACGACUCCCUCAUAGUCCAUCUGCACAGUACACAACAACAGGUAUACUCAGCCUUGAUUUUCACAUCACUAGCGGAAACCCUGGGAUCCAACUGCGACAAUAGGAGAGUCAGGAGUCUAUCCACAUGGAAGUGUUCUUACAUGCAAAUAAUCAUCAGACGAAAAAAAUUACGAUCACUUAUCCUUUUUAGGAACAAAGGAUUUGAAAAAUGGAAGCAAGAUGUAUCGCUUAAUAUAAACCCCAGCUAUAAAUUAUUUCAUAUGCUACAAACAAGGAGAUUGACAUCCGGUGGAUGGCAACAAACUAUACAAGGAGGAACAAACACCAAGUGGGACAGGAAAGAAUGUCUCCAAAACUUAUCAUCAUCCUCAUUAUCAUCAUCAUCAUCAUUAUCAUAAGCAAUGAUCCAUCAGGAAAUCACAAUGAGCUGUUUGAGGUAGAGAAAAUCAAACAUUGUGGGAAAAAGUGGGAAGUUCUUCAUUCUUACCACUUGGAGCACAAAAAGGAUUUCUAGAACACUAUGUAGAGAAAAGAAUAGGGAUUUUUAGAACGGCGAUCUAAAGUUUGUAACACAAGUCCUAUGUGACUAUACCUUCAUGAGUUGAGGAUGGAUUAUGCCUUUAGUGAGAUGUUAUGUGUUGAAGAUAUAGGCUGUGUUAAACACUGAUUGUUCAAGCUUGUGUUGUAGAUCUUGAACUCUGUGAAAUGUUGUAGAUCCAAAAUCAGUCAGUGUCAGAUAUGCAGUGGAGAGCUGCCCACUGGAAGCUACAUUUGGCAAAAUUGGCUAGUUUUAAGUCUUCGCAGUUCUGAAAGUAUCUCAGAUCCACCCCACUCACUAAGCAGGGCAUAGAGGGUUGAGCAAGCAUCUAGAUUUCCUGACAUGUUCACACAGAGACCGAACAAGAGGAACAAAAUAGCCAGUCACUCCCUUGUGUCAUACAAACAGACAGCGUGAGAAAAAAUGCGAAAGCCUCCACCAUUUUCUCAUGUGAUUCCUGGUAGAACUUCCAUCAUAAAUAGAAGUCCAAAAAUUCUUUUUUUUGCUUUCCAUUUCAAUAUUUAUAUUAUAUUUUUGAGCUGAGAUGUGAAAUAUUUCCAUCAACAAAAUGAAUGUCAAAAAACAGAAAUAUUUUACAUUUUAAUUGAUUUAUUUAAAGAUAUUUAUUUCAGUGAAUAUUUAUUUAUUAUGUAUGUAUUUAUUUAUUUAUUUAUUUAUUUAUUGGAUUAGAGAUGAGACUGGUAAAGUCAAAAUGACAAGGGUGGGAAAAUUUGCAAUUUAGAAAAUGGCAGAAAACCUCCUAUUUGUAUCUGUUCCCAAAUAUUUUAUAACAAUGCUGCAAAUGUCCUUUUAAAAACCAUUUCAGUAGCCUAAGUUUACCCAUCUCAUUUUCAUUUCAUUUUCAAUAAAAAAGAAGCAAACUCACAAAGGAGAAAGCUGGAGAACAACUUUGAAAAAUCAUCCAAGCAAUGACUCCAUGCCUUGGACGUCUCCCACGGGGAAGAGACUUCAAAACCCUCCAGGAUGUACGACGUAAAGACUGAAGUGAACCUUAUGGAAGCAGAGGAACAAAACAGAGGGAAUGAGAAGAAGGCCCGCUGUGUUCGCUCUUCAUCUUUGAGAAUGUUACCCAGACAAGAGCCCAAAGUUUCGGACUCGUGCGUACCGGGCCAGCCCUUUGUACGAAACGCGAGCAGUAUUCUUUUUUCACACAUUUACACACAUUUACAUACACGCGCACACACACACACACAGACACAGACAGACAGACACAAGAGACUCUCCUUCUCAAAACUGACAAUAUGAAACAAAAUGAAUGAUAACUGGACUUUGAAACUGGAAUGCACUGUCCUAAAAAGAGAAUUGUAUUCAAAGUUGUCCCUUUCCUCGCCCACCCACGGGAAUCGGUGAAGUGCUCUUUUAAGUGCAGACUCAGGAUCAGUGGGGCUUUUUAGCUCAUUACAUUUGUGAAUGGGGGGAACCUGAUCCUGAAUAUCCACUUAAAAGCUCUCUCUCCAAUGAGCCUCUGCCCUGAAGCCCAGAAUCUGACCAUAAUGCUCCUCUCUCUCUCUCUCUCUCUCUCUCUCUCUCUUUCCCAAUCUCUCUCUCUCUCCAUCCCUCCCUCCAGUCCACUCUUUUCCUGAUGCAAGGAGCACUAAAUGCAAAGCGAGGUUUUGCUCUGGUCCUCCCUCUGCCACCACCCUGCAGCCAUCACAUACACUCCUGCCCAAAAAUAGCAUAGCGGAAGACAAAGCUUCGGACGGUUCAGUCAUCGAGCAGCUCCUGCAUCAUCCUGGAUUGAUUUUCCAUAGCACAUUGAAUAUAUUUCACUACUUUUGAAUGUUUAGGUGCAUCGUUCGUUAGAUAUAAUACGGGGUACAUUCUUAUUUUAGUACACUCCAAAUGCCUUAAAUCCACAUAUACAAAAUGGUCAGCAUGUGCGCUCUCAAACAUGCCCGGUCACUUUCAGAGGCAGAGGAAAUGCCAGAGCAAAACCCUGAAGAUGUUCUAUGUUCAAUUCUGUUAGUUCUCAGGCAGGGUAAGUCUGCGAGUGUGCAAAUACAGACUGUCUGGACACCAGCUCUGAGUGAAUGUGAAAUACACUCCACACACUUUCUCUGUGUUCAUGACACUCUCCUGCUCUACGUGUCCGUCCUCUCCUCCUCCUCCUUCUCCUCCCUUUCACAUUAUGCACUGAAUGAUAUUCUGUUUUUGUUACUCGCCUCACACAUACAGCACACGUAUCACAUUUCAUAUGUAUCAUUAGUCUUCACUUAUUUACCAUACAUUAUAUACCUCGUCCUGCUCCUGCCUCUCAAUCAUAGAAUUAUACUUUAGACCACCCCCUCCCUCUUCUCUCAUUAUAUACAUACGCCCUGCCUGCCCCCAAUGUAUGCUCACCCCUCCCCCCAUCUCUUCAUUGUAAACAGAAAAUAUUACUCAUAUCUUCAUUCUUUAUCCAUUCUAUAUUCACCUGAUGAUUAUUGAUUAUCUUUGUCGUCAUUACUGAUAACUCCUCUUAAGAUUGUAAAGCUGUACUCUUUCUUCCCCAUCGCGCACAGUAGGAACUUUUUUCGUAAGAAAUGCAAGUCAUUAAAUUGGAGGGAAAAAAAUGACGAGAAAAUAAAUGUCUGUGUUAUAAUUAAAAAAAUGAAAGUGCACUAUUAUUAUUGCCUGUGAUAAAGAACAAUAAACAAUA